CAAGAUGCUGUACUGCAUCAACCUCCUGCGCGACGGCUUCACGGCCGCACUGCUAAGCUUUCUGAUAUGGAGCCUUCCCGGCGCUCUAGGCAUGUACGGGCUGUCCAUUGGUGUCUCGAACAUCAACGAGAAACUGCCGGGACCGGUCUAUGCCCUCCUGUCGGGUCUCAACGCGGCCACGGUCGGUGUCAUUGCAUUGGCGGCUGUCGAGUUGUCCCAAAAGGCCAUCACCGACAAACUGACGCGGAUCAUCGUCUUCCUUACCGGGACUGCCGGCAUGUUGUACAAUGCACUGUGGUAUUUCCCCGUGCUCAUGGCAGCUUCCGGUCUUGCGACACUCACCUUCGAUUUUCGCUGCCUUCACCGGCCGCUCGCAAAGCUAGCUGCUGCUGUAAGCAGGCUCCGAGGACUAUGGCCCUUCCGCCGCUCAGCUCAGGUCCAGACCAGCACAGACGCAGUAGAGAACCCGCAUAGCUUUGCGCGCAAUCCUCCCGACCCAACCACCCCUCCCAUCUCCGAACUCCCCAUCACCGAAGACGCAGCGCAGCAGGAUGGCAACCCCUCCAUAGCCGAGACAGAGCCGCGCAUUGUGCCGCCAUCUCACCAGCUCUCCAUCCGCCUCUCUAUAACCUGGAAAACCGGCGCCGCCAUCAUCGCGUCCUUCCUCGCGACCUUCGUCGUCACCAUCACCCUGCGCAGCACCCUCGGCCCGUCGCCGCUGCUCUACCGGCUGUUCACCAACAUGUACCUCGCGGGGACCAUCAUCUUCGGCGGCGGGCCCGUCGUCAUCCCGCUCCUGCGCGAAUACGUCGUCGCCGAGGGCUGGGUCGCGCCGCGCGACUUCCUCAUCGGCCUCGCGCUGAUCCAGGCGUUUCCGGGCCCCAACUUCAACUUUGCCGUCUUCCUGGGCAGUCUGACGGCGCUCGGGGAGGGGCAGAGCUCCCUUGCUGGCGCGGCGGUCGCGUGGGUGGGUAUCUUUGCGCCCGGGCUGGUGCUCGUGCACGGGACCAUGGGCAUCUGGAGCGCCCUCAGAGGGAGGAGGUGGGUGAAGAGCGUGCUGCGGGGCGUGAACGCGGGCGCUGUCGGUCUGAUGUACACGGCCGUGUAUCGUAUCUUUGGGGUGGGAUACAUCGAUGACGGGUUCCAGGCCGGCAGCAGCUUGGGCGGCGAUCCGUGGUGGGUGGCCAUCACCGCUACCAGCUAUGUUGGUGGGAGGUACUUUGGGAUCCAGGCCCCGCUGGCCAUCGUGCUGGGUGCCGUGCUGGGACUCCUCCGAUACGCUGUGGUUUCGUCUUGAUUGGUGCGGAGUACUAGUACCGUACCCCGGCGCGCCAGGCCUAGCCAACAGUUCACUCUAUCCAGUAUUCACUGACGGUCCAGCCAAGACGGAACCCUCUUUUAGACACAUGGAAGUCCGAGCCUCAAUUACGAGGGGUGGACACUGCCGGACUUAACAUGUCCUUAGUCCCGCCUAACACCGCUGUCUCCUCGUCGUUGUCAAGGCUCUAGAUGAGGAAGGCCACCAUGUAUUAUUUGCCAGCACAUACUAUAUAGACGUUGUUACCCUCAAUUCCUCCAUCCAUCCCCCAAUUGUCUUGGACAUCCCCUAUGUCACUUCCCACAUAUCUCCCUCAACUCCACGCCUUAGUCGAAAAAAAAAAAAAAAAAAAAAAA